AUCCAUUGUCACGCUUUUGCGCGAAUAUCAAUGUCUGAUAUGACACUCUUGAUGUCUGCAAGCUGAGGCAACCCUUGCGUUAUUUCUGUCCCGGGCAGCCGUGAGAAACAACCUUUCACACAGUUCGUGUCUCAUCCCUGGGCACUCAGACAAGGGAGCCACAGAGGCUGGUCACAGCUGGUGCAGAUAACUGACAUGCAUCUUUGCACAGCCUUUAAGCGCUCGGGGAGCAACAUGGCCGAUAUUAUGCACUUUGCUGGGUCGAGAAACGGUCGACCGCUGGCCGUCAUAUCCGGCUUUCCGACGUCGAGUUUCCUGCAAUGACAGUAGCCGCAAGGUACCUUUCCAAGAAUGUGAGUGAGAUACCUUCGCUUGUGGCAAUACAAAUCAACACUUCUUUUUGGAAUUGCACAGAAGCAUCAUGCGAAUCCAGUGGGAGACUACUAUGUAUGGUACUGAGGGAAAUAUAUGCCGAUUCGGCCGCAUGCAUCCCUCGAACGACCUAGCGGUUCUUCUCAUACAUGUCACGUCGGAGGAUGCCACGAUGGCUGCUAGCUUAGCCAUGAAUCCUACCACAAGCUUUGGAUGGAAGGCAGUGCGGUGCUGCUCGUCUGCCCCCAGGUUGCAGGCCGAAGCCACCCGGAGAAACCAGUCAAAACACCAAAAAGAGGUUCUGAUGAGCACAUGCCUUGCGUCUGCAUGGUCCGCCCUCGCCUGUUGAGGUUACAUGUCCAAGCCACGAGAGAAUGGGCCACUCAGAUGGUAGAGAAGGUGUCCUUUACCAGCCAAGGUCUGGGGCCUGCACACCCUCGAUGGCCUCUGGCUAGGACGCUCCUGCUACCAGCGAGUGGUCUUGCAGACUGGUUACGCAACGAGGCGGAGCUUGCAUGAACAGGACGGAUGGUCCGUCGCUACUGUGCCUGCAAGAGGUACUUGCAUGGCCGGAAAACUAUUGUGGCUAUGUUUGCCUGACCUCUCAGGCAGCGCUUCGACUGACUUCUACUGGCCCUGGUCCUCUGAGGCUGUGACCAUGUUGCUCAAUGAUACGGUCUUGGACGGGUUCACUGCUGGCUGACCAUGAAGAGUACAAAAUGGCAUGAAGAUCCUGCGAUUCCCUGGCGUUUCCUUGUCAGAACAGUACCCAGCAAACCAUUGAUCUUCCUGUUAUUUACUCCUACAUCUCAUCUGGUGACCGUGUCCAGUCAUGAUUACAGUCGAGAGCCUCUGCCGAGACCUCCGCAUCAAGCAUCCUCUUGACUGGCCUACCUGCAUCGGCUAUGGACAGAAACAGCCCACCUGCGGGAACCUAGCUGCUAAACGUAAUCGCGAAGAAGCAGCUCACCUGUUGGAAGGGAUUGCCGAAAACUUAACAAAUGGAGACAGUCCACGUAGUGUGAUGGAUGACUUGUUUCGCGUGGCCAAGUUGCUUCACUGUGUUAGAAAUCACCAGUCCCAGGCCGAAGACAAAGCCAAAGAAUGGAAGAGGAAACUUGAUCGGGUUGUUGCGAGAGGGGAUGGAGCACGACAGCAGCGACAAUCCGGUUCUCGAAGAGAGACUGACUUCGACACUUCCAACAGUCGCCGCGAACGUCGGUCGGUCGAUACCCUCGCUUCAGCACGGGACGAAGACCUCGUUAACGAAUUGGCUCAACGAUAUUCAUCGGCAAGGCGGCUGAUAGAAGCAGUCGUGGCCCUCACUGAUGAUGAACACCGUGCCAGGACAUCAACAAUAGCUGACUUGUCCUUCUUAUAUGGGCUGACCCUCCAGCGGCACCAUGAUGCAGAGGGCGACAGCGACAGCGACAGCGAGGACAGCGACAGCGACAGCGAGGACAGCGACUCUGGAUUCUUCGGAUCCGAUGCCGAGAGCGAAGAAGACGACGAUCCUAUAGCCACCUCGACCAGGGUCUCGUAUCAGCGGCGGCAACAGAGACGAUCACCUGCCCCAUCACCUCCAUCUGUCUCGUCGACAUCCUCCUCUAAUGCUUCAAGCAGCAGCCGUAGAUCUGCCGCAUCUGAAAGCAAGUGUGGUAUCUGCUUGAAUCGACUCAGGAGCCGGGAUGACAAAUGGCGCUGUACGACAUGCCACAAUGCAACUCACGCCGAUUGCUUCGAUGAGUGGAUGGCAAACUCCCGGGAGGAUAAUGUGAGGUGUAUUUACUGUCGCUCCUCUAUUCGUGCGAGACGAUGAGUAAUGCUUCUCGAGCCCAGGCCAUAUCAUAGCGAACCUGAAAGGACGACGAAGAGAGGCCAAUCAGGAGAAUGAGAUCGUGGUGUUGUUGUCUCUGGCUCAUGACCGUGGAGCGAGAAAAACAGCAAGAUCUGAUAGUGGAAGCCGCCUGUGGAUGAGACAGGAGAUUCUUUCGUCGUGGGGGUCAGCCAUAUUGUUGAUGAAGGCCGAACAGGGGCUGAAGGCUGGAGUAAUUGAGAAUUCUUUUAAUGAGUCGGUGUUGAUGAGUCCAUAGGUUCUACUUCGCAGGCGUUCUUGGGCAUAUUGAUCGGCUUAGGCCGGGCACGCAAGGAGACGUUUGCAUACCGAGGGCCAUGUAGUUGAGUUGUUACAGUGCGAACUAUCACGAGCUAUUUGUUGGCCAUGAUUCCCACUAGUAACAGCAUACUAUAGGAAUACAGGAAGAUCC